UAGUAUAAAGAUUGCCGUCUCCUUUGUUCGCCCUCGAUGCGCAGUAGUCCUAGCGUCUUUUCUUUUCUGGUCUGAAAAUCGGUAGCUGUCACUGGUGCAGCGCGGCUUGGAGGGUCCUGCCGGCGAUCUCCUAGAAGCCUGAGACCACUGCAGUCCCCUCGAAGACUCCCAUUGGUUGAAAAAAAUGGUUGAAGCAGAUCGUCCAGGAAAGCUCUUUAUUGGUGGGCUUAACACAGAAACAAAUGAAAAAGCCCUUGAAGCAGUAUUUGGCAAAUAUGGACGAAUAGUGGAAGUGCUUUUGAUGAAGGACAGAGAGACCAAUAAGUCAAGAGGUUUUGCUUUUGUGACUUUUGAAAGCCCAGCAGAUGCAAAGGAUGCUGCCAGAGACAUGAAUGGAAAGUCCUUAGAUGGAAAAGCCAUCAAGGUGGAGCAAGCCACCAAACCAUCAUUUGAAAGUGGCAGGCGUGGACUACCUCCACCUCCAAGAAGCAGAGGCCCUCCCAGAGGUCUUCGGGGAACAAGAGGAGGGAGUGGAGGAGUGAGAGGACCCCCUUCACGUGGAGGACACAUGGACGAUGGUGGCUAUUCCAUGAAUUUUACCAUGAGUUCUUCAAGGGGUCCUCUUCCAGUAAAAAGAGGACCACCACCACGAAGUGGUGGUCCUCCUCCUAAAAGACCAGCCCCUUCAGGACCAGUCCGCAACAGCAGUGGAAUGGGAGGAAGAGCUCCAGUGUCACAUGGGAGAGAUAGUUAUGGAGGCCCCCCACGAAGGGAACCCCUGCCUUCUCGAAGAGAUGUUUAUUUGUCCCCGAGAGAUGAUGGAUAUUCCACUAAAGACAGCUAUUCAAGCAGAGACUAUCCAAGUUCUCGAGACACAAGAGAUUAUGCACCACCGCCAAGAGAUUAUACAUACCGUGAUUAUGGUCAUUCCAGUUCACGUGAUGACUAUCCAUCCAGAGGCUAUGGUGAUAGAGAUGGAUAUGGUCGGGACCGUGACUACUCAGAUCAUCCAGGCGGAGGUUCCUAUAGAGAUUCAUAUGAGAGCUAUGGUAACUCACGUAGUGGUCCACCUACACGAGGGCCCCCGCCAUCUUAUGGUGGAAGCAGUCGCUAUGAUGAUUACAGCAGCUCACGUGACGGCUAUGGUGGAAGUCGAGACAGUUACUCAAGCAGCCGAAGUGAUCUCUACUCAAGUGGUCGUGAUCGCGUUGGCAGACAAGAACGAGGGCUUCCCCCUUCUAUGGAAAGGGGGUACCCUCCUCCACGUGAUUCCUACAGCAGUUCAAGCCGCGGAGCACCAAGAGGUGGUGGCCGUGGAGGAAGCCGAUCUGAUAGAGGGGGAGGCAGAAGCAGAUAUUAGGAACAAACAAACCUUUUGGACCAAAAAUCCCCAUUCAAAGAAACAAACAAUGGAAACUUUCUGUCGUAAACUACCCA